AUGUCCAGGACGACUCCUCGAACUUCGGGCGCGCCCCCCAUCCCGCAGCUGCCGCCGCCGCCUUAUCAGAUGGGCCUGCUGCCCGACUACGUGCGCCACGCCACGCCCAUCGCGCUGCGCAUCCGCGAACAUAGCAUGCCCUUUGCCUCGGACGACUUCACGGUCAAAGACGCCGUGACACGCCAGCGCAUCUUUGAAGUGCGCGGCAAGGUCUUGUCGCUGAGCCAGCGCAAGACGCUCCACGACCAUACGGGCAAGCCGCUCUUCGAGUUCUGCAGCACGGGUGGAGCCUUCAGCAAGUCGUACGCCGGCUACCAGUGUGGCAACAAGCGCGUCAAUCUCUUCACCGUCGAAAAGAUCGGCUUGCUCAAUCCCAAGCUCGAGAUCACCUUCGUCAAUCACGUCGCCGGCGGUCGCAGAGAGAAGCUCGUCCUCCGCGGCAGGUGGCUCAGCCGUGACGCCGAGAUCACCACACAGGCCGGCGUCGUGGUGGCCAAAAUUUCUCGAGAGUACAGCUUCUUCGAUCGUCAGACGUACGGUGCCGUGGUGGCGCCCGGCGUCGAUGCGGCGCUCAUCACCGCCCUUUGCGUCUGUCUCGACGAGGCGUAUCACGACGGCAAAUCCAGACGUGGCGGCGCCAGCGCUGGAUUCCUUGGCGGAGGCGCUGGAUCCUCUGGCGGAUGUUGA